UGAUGAAUUGAUAUGAAAAGGAAUAUUCUAAUAAGAAGGAAGAGGCCUUUCAGAUUUCUCGGGCGUCUCUCUGCUCUCCUGUUUCUUCUUCUCCUUUGGUUUGAGAAAUAUUUGCACAGCUUCUCUCUUUGCUCUGUAACCUAGAGCCGCCUACUGGUCGCCACCGUAUUUCCCAAUGCUCAGUAUCAAGCAGAGAACUAGUGCAAUCCUAAAAUAAAUUCGGAAGGGACCCUUCCCUCUUGUCUUGAGUCUCUUCACAAACCUUGGAGCACCCACAAAAUCCAUCUCCAUCUGGUUUAGUUGGGUUGAGAAGAUUGAAGGUGUUGGUGGCAAUGUUGAAGAACAAGGAGCAGGAGCUCCAACAUCUCCCUGAACAUGUUGUACUCAACAUUCUCUGCCGGUUGCCGGUCAAGUCCUUGAUCCGCUUCACUUGUGUCUCAAAACGCUGGCGUUCUCUUAUCAUUUCCGACCCCCAAUUUGGCAACUCCCAUUUCCAACUAGCAGCAUCUCACCUCCGUCAAAAUGUCUUAAUCGUUAACAGUUCAAAAGGUUCACUCGGAACUAUGGUACCCUUUGGAUUUCAAUCCGUACAAGAUAAAUUUUCGAUCAAAAAUCUCACUUGCCCAUUCCAGCGGUGUAGCCAAAUUCUAGUAAUGGGCUCUUGCAAUGGUUUGGUAGUUUUAGCUAAUUUCCAUCCCAUUUUUAUGGUAUCUCCAUUCCAACCAUGUUGUGAUCUGUUGUAGUAUAUAUGAAACAUGUUGUAUUGUUCAUUAUAUAAAAUGUCUAUGUCAUGUAUAAGAUAAGUAUUUGAGUGAAUAGCAUAGGUAUAGUGACUUGUGAGUCAAGCUUUAUGCCAAUGGGGAACAAGUGUGGCAAUCAUCAUCACAAACCACAAUGUGGAGCUGCAAAUGGAGAUGCCACAAUGGAAGGCUACAAAUGAAGAUGCCAUCAAGUUGUAUCAUUAUUUACUUCAAAUGUAUCCCUAUAAAUACCUCCUAUUGAAUGAAAUGAAACACACACUUGAAUCUCUAUUCCCUCUCUCUCUCUGUCAAUUUUGCUUGUCCUUAAACAUGAUCAUUAUAAUAGUUUGGUAAUGUGGAACCCAUCAACUGGAUUCUUCCGCAACAUACCUUGUCCAAAUUUUCAGAUUGGGAUGAUAAACUGGACAGAUGAAGAGGAUGAGAUCGGUGUAUAUUAUGGUUUUGGUCAAGUGUCGGCCUCUGACGACUACAAACUUGUGGUCAUACCAAAUUUGGGUGUUUUUAUGGAAGUACAAGUGUUCUCAGUCAAAGCUAACUGUUGGAAAGUUGUUAAAGCUCCUUACUUGACGCCAUACCACCCCUGGUCUGAAGAAUUGGGGACUUAUUCAAAUGGAGCGAUUCAUUGGGUCAGUAACCGUGAACCUGGGAUUUUCGAGCCACCUGUCUAUGCUUUUGAUCUGGCAAAUGAGGAGUUUCGGGAAAUGCCAUUGCCUGUUCUUAGCCGUAAUGAACUCAAAUGACGCAAAUUAGAACGGUGCGUUUGGAUGAGAAAAUUAUAAAAUCCGUAGGAAUUUAUAAAUGAUGGAAUCUUUAAUUCCAUCAAUCUAAAAUUCCAUUAAUUGCAUUUUCUAUUGUUUGGUUGCAUCUAUUUAGGAUUUGAAAUGUGUAAUAAAUUAAGAAAGUUUAAAAAAAAUAAAAAGAUAAAAUAGAAAAAAGUCUUGUUUUGGAAAUAAAAAUUGAAUACUGCAAAGGAAUUCGUAAAUGACACCUAUUUUGGUGGAAAUUGAAGUGAGGAAUUUAAAUAACGAAUUCCUUCGUUUUUUUUCACAGAGAAAUUUAAAAUUUCCAAUCUGAUAAUGCCAAACGAGGGAAUUGGCUUUUAGGAAUUAUGAAAUCCUCACUUUCAAUUAAAUUCCAUCAUUUUUUCCCUCAUCCAAACACACUCUUAUAGGAGGAUGUCUUUGUGUGAUGUUUCAGGAUGCUAAAAAGUAUACUGUAUUUUGGGUGAUGAAAGAGUAUGGGCUGCCUGAAUCUUGGGUUAAACUCUUUGGGUUUAAUAUACACGAUUUACCAGAUGUGUUCAAUUCAUUCUUUAGCCGCCUUUUUUGGGAUCCUAUUUUCAUUGCAGAAGACGGUACAGUUGUGAUCAAACUGCGUACCCAGAGGGAGUUGAUCUGGAUUAAAUGCCGUAAAGAAGAGAAGCCAUUCUGCACCGACCGGUACCGUCUUGAGGAGGUGCCGGAACAUCAGUAUGCAUUUUAUGCCAUUUGGUAUGAUGAAACUCUAGUUUCGAUACCUGAAUGAUUAUGGUGAUUCAAAUGGCUUGAGACUCAGAGGCCUGAAAAAACUAGGAAGCAAGAGCGGAAAUGAAGAGGGAUUGCUACAUGCAUUCUAUUGCUGGUUUCUUUUUGGGUUUUAACUAUUGUAAUUUGGAUUGCAUUCUAUUGCUGGUUUCUAUUUUAGGUAUUGUAAUUUGGAUUCUCCACCUUUGAUUAAACGAUCCUUCUACUUUGUUUCACAGUGGGCUCUGUUUUUGUCUUGAUGUGGAAUUGAGGAGCCGGAAACUAUGAACUAUAACUGCUAUUGCUGCUGCAUGAAGGAACUUGUUUUAUCAUUGUUUACGUUUGCUCUAUAGUUCAGACAGUCUUGCUAAUUGACCCAUGUAACAUAUAUAGCAAAAUGGAUUUUUUUGGACCAUGGGCUUUCUUCUUUGAGAACAUGUGUGCUUGUCACAACAUUGCUGCCUGCAAUGUUGGCCUCGCAAUAAAACUUCAGUUUGCAGCCAAUUAUAGAUAUAUUUUUCUUUACAGCACCUUUUCUCGUUUGUGACUCCUUAGUACAUUGAUUCACAUAACCUUUGAUGCAACCAGAAAUUUGAUGUACUCCCCCUGUUUAAAAGAAAUGGUUAAUGACCAGAAUGCUCUUGUGCUUUAUGGGAUCUUGCAAUGGUUUGGUAUAAAAACUUGUCUAUCUUGAACCCAUGAACUGGGUUUCCCCAAAGCAGGUAUUCAAUUCGCUAUGGUUUUGUCCAUGGUUUGCCAGAAUUUUGUUUUUCCUUUUGGAUACUCAACCAUUUUCUCUAUGAACACUGAUGCCGGUCGACUAUACCCAGCAUUCAUAAUCCGAAUAAGAGACUCAAUCCAAAAAUGCCUUAGGGAAGCAAUAGAAGAAGAUGUUCCGAAUGAAUGACGUCCAACUGCAUUUCACGGAAAGUGGCUUGAGGCUAAUUGCUAAGAAAGCAAUAUCAAAGAACACUGGGGCUCGUGGAUUACGAGCAAUUUUAGAAACUAUAUUAACGGAUACCAUGUAUGAGAUUCCUGACGUUAGAACUGGUGAUGACAUAAUAGAUGCAGUUGUAAUUGGUGAAGAGGCCGUUGGAACUGAUGGCCAGGGUUGUGGAGCUAAAAUCCUUUGUGGUAAGGGUGCAUUGGAUCAGUAUAUUUCAAACAAUAAAGAGAAGGAUGUUCGGACUGCAACCACAGAAACAGAAGGGUCUGAUGUAGAUCCCGAAGGGGAAGCUGAGCUUUCUUCUGUUGUUGCUAGCUUGUAACUUUAUGUGGAAACUUAUUUGUAUCGCAAUCUUGUACAUAUCAAACAUUUAUUUAAUAGAUCAUAUAAAGCUCGUU